AUGGACCUCGCAAGGGACCCAACUGGUGCUGAGAUUGCGAAGUUUAUCGCCACACGUACUGGUGCUCAAAUGGUACAAUUGAUGCGUUGCAUCAAAGAACCAGCUGCCCAGGCUGCCUUUACGGCUAAGCUGCUGGUGGCAUCCCCAGCUGUGAGUGGUCAGCCUGCCACUCCAGAGAAAGCGAGAAAGGCUCUCAAUGCGUUCGUUGGAUUCCGCUGCUACUACAUCACGAUUCCAAUGUUUAAGCCAUGGCCUAUGAAAAAGCUUUCCAACUUGAUUGGACUCCUAUGGGAGGCGGAUCCAAACAAAUCACUUUGGUCUUUGAUGGCGAAGGCCUGGUCAACUAUCCGUGACCAAAUCGGCAAAGAUCAAGCCCCACUUAACCAGUUUUUCCGCAUUAUCUGCCCUCACCUCAAAUUACCUGAUCCUGCUUCAUAUCUCGAAAUUCAUGGAUGGAUCCUGAAUGUUAAUGAAGAGGGAGAUCCAACCAUAUCCCGAAGCGCUGAUUCCGAAUUCGCAUCUAUCGGCACAGGAAAUACGGAUAUGACACUUUCUGUCGAGGACAUCAUUACAUACGUCCAGUCAUUGGGAUAUGCUCAUGGCUUCAUUCUCGACGACAAUAAGCCUUCCUCGACAUUCCUUGGACACUCCGUCAGCUCGACCCUUGAGAAGAACACCUCUGCCAUCUCAGCCACACAAGCUACUUCCAAGGCAGCUCAUGCUCGCUUUCUUGUACGUAACAAACGCAGAGCCAAGCGGCAGGCAGUCAGGAAUGCGAGCUAUAGAGCGAGUCUUGACCAAGACAUCCUCAUCGCCCACCAGCUCGACCCUGCUCCUGUGGACAAUCAUGUGCCUGACUGCUACUCUACUACUGCUCCCGUUCUCAAUCAAUCCCCUAAUCAAUUCUAUGAUGGACUCACCACCCUGCUGUCCGACCAGAUUCCCACUAUCCAAGACGAUGCGGGUCAUCUUGACAAUGCACACUUGUUCAACGAUUGCAGUCUUCCUGGCGACGUUUCUUUCAUGAACAUCGACGACUUUACUACAAACAUGCCAAACUUGAUCGAUUACGAUGCAUUUCGUCUUGGAGCCGAUGAAGAUGUCACCCUUCCCAUAUUUGAUGACAUCACACAAAUUUGA